AUGAUCUCCUCGCCUGGGGAGGACCUGGAGCUGGGUGAUAAGGUGAUUGUCUCCAGCAGCUCUGGCUCCAAGACGGGCCUACUGCGCUACCUCGGCAAGACCGAAUUCGCCGAGGGGCAGUGGGCGGGCGUGGAGCUGGAGACGCCCUCGGGUAAGAACGACGGCACCGUGGCCGGUAAGCGCUACUUCUCGUGCCGGCCCAACUACGGCCUGUUCGCGCCUGCCCACAAGAUCUCCCGGCCGGCGCGGCGCAGCUCGCAGAAGAUGGGCGUGCACGCGCUGCGCCGUUCCACGUCGCGAGAGUCGCUGCAGUCGGUGGCGAGCCAGGCGUCGCGCGUCGGCGCCGCCGCCGCCUCCACGCACGCACUGCAGCAGGUGCUCAAGGAGAAGGAGGAGCACAUCGAGCAGCUUCUGCGCGAGCGCGACAUGGAACGCUCGGAGGUGGUGCGCGCCGCCAGCCUGGUGGACGACGGUGAGGUGAAGGUGCUGGCGGCGAAGCGGGAGCGCGAGGAGGCGGCGGCGGAGGCGGCACGCCUCAAGGAGCGGCUGGCCGAGCUGGAGCAGGCGCACGCGCAGCUGCAGAACACGGCCGAGGACGAGCGCCACCGCGCGGAGGAGCUGCAGUUCUCCGCUGAGGAGGCGGCCAUCGUGCGCGCCGAGCUCGAGGCACGCCUGGCCGCCGCGCAGGCGGACGCCGCGCGUCACCGCACCGAGCAGGGACUGCACGAGGAGGCAGCGCUGCUGCGCAACGAGCUGGCAGAGCAGCGGCGCCAGCUGGAGCAGCAGAGCGCCGCCGGCGAUUCGCGCAGCGAGGAGCGCGAGCGCGCCGACGAGGUGCGCACGCUGGCCAAGGAGCGCGACGAGGUGCGCCUGGAGGCGGCGCGCGCCGCCGCCGACAUCAACGAGAACAUGCAGCGCAUCAUGCUGCUGGAGGGAGAGGCGUCGCGCGUGCGGCACGAGGCGGACGACGAGCUGGCCAGCCUGCGGGCGCAGCUGAAGAAGCGCGCCGACGAGCAGCGUGCGCUGGCGGCGGCCGCCGACGAGCUGCGUCGGGCGGCGGAGCGCGCCGCGCGCGACCAGGCCGACGUCGAGGCUGAGCGCACGGCGCUGCUGCGCCGCCUGGAGGACGAGCAGCGCCGCGCCGAGGACCUGCAGUUCAACGCCGAGGAGCAGUCGCUGCUGCGCGCCGAGCUGGAGGCGCAGGCGGCCGAGAGACGCGCCGAUCAGCUGCAGACGCAGCUGGACACGUGGCGCCGUGACGGUGAGCUGCUCAAGGAGCGCGUCACGGCACUGAAGGACUUCGCCGACGGCAAGGCGGCGGAGGCAGACUCGCUGGCGGCGGAGAACAAGGCGCUGCUGCAGCGCGUGGAGGAGAGCGCCGCGGCCGGCUCGAGGGACGCCGAGCAGUGGGAGAGAAAGCUGGCCGAGGCGACGACUCGGUUGGCCGCGUCCGCCGAGGCGUGCGAGCGAAGUCGGAAGGCGGAGGCGACGCUGCGGCAGGAGGCGGCCGACAGACAGCUGACGCUGUCAGACCGCGAGCGGCAGCUGGCGGAGCUGGAGGCAGAGCUGGCGGCGCUGCGGGCCGACAAGGAGCGGCUGGCACAGCAGGUGACGGCCAGCGGGGACGCGCAGCUAGAGGCGGACGGCCGUCGGGCGGAGCUGGAGCGGCUGAGAGCUGAGCUCGACGAGAAGAGCGCCGCCGUCGCCGCGCUGACGGACGGCCGCGCUGAGGUCGACGCAAAGCUGGCCGAGACUGAGCGCCGGCUGGAGGAGCGGCGCGCCGAGGUGGAGCGAGUCGCUGACCAGCUGCGACAGCUGCAGCGCAGCUCCGCAGCUGCCGGCGACGAGCGGCGCGCCGAGGCCAGCUGCCAGCAGGAGGAGCUGCAACGGCUUCGACAAGAGGUAGAGCUACUGAAGCAGGAGCGUGACUCCAGAGAGGAGGAUGCUGCUGUGGUCCGACAGGAGCAGGGUAAGGAACUGGAGAGGCUCAAGAAGGAACUGUCGUCCAAAGAAGGAGACAGCGCCGCGGCUCGGCAGGAACAGCAGGAGGAACUGGAGAAGCUGAAGCUGGAGCUGGAGUCCGUAACGCAAGACGCUACUGCGAUUCAACAGCAGCAGAAACGGAAGCUGGAGCGGCUGACGGAGGAAUUGGCUUCCAAGGAGGCAGACGGCGCUGCGUCGAGGCAAAAGUUGGAGAAGGAGCUGGAGCGACUUGAACAGGAGUUGGCCUCCAAGAAACAGGACUCUGCUGCAGCCGGGCAGGAGCGAAAGCAGGAACUGGAACGUCUCAAGCAGAAACUGAACUCAACGGAACGAGAAAACGCAGCAUUUCGGCGGGAGCAGGAAGCCAAACUGGAGCAGCUGCACGAGGAGCUCGACUCCAGGGGACCGGGACGUGGCGGCGGUCCGUCUGGAGCAGGCAGGAACGACGAGCUGACGCGCCAGGUGCGCCUGCUGGCGUUCUGCAUGGCCUGCGAGAUGUUCGGCCACACGGCCGACCAGUGCGACGCCGGCGAGACGUUCUGA